ACAAUUCUCCGCCAGCACGUGUGCGGGUGUUUUUUGUAUUUAAUUUAAUUUUUUACCGAAUUCUAUGAGAAUAAAUAGCUGAUAAUUGAGCACAAUGGCCAUACAACCCAACCGGCGAAAGAGAAAACACGAGGAGCCUGACGCGGAGCAGCAGGACGACGGCGAGGUGGCGGUGCCAAAGAAAGUCCCCAAGGAGUCGAACACUCCAAAGAAAAAGAAGGAUAAAGCCGAUAAAAGCGCAGAAGGAGCAACGGAGGAAAGUCCGCCAGAAACUGAACCUGCAGACCCCACACCAAGCAAGAAGAAGGGGAAAAAGGCUGAAACCUCCACUGAGAAUGAAGCGCAACAGGUGGAAAUGGAGGUAAGCGAGUCUCCCUCUAAGAAAAACAAAAGGCGGAAGGAUACGCAGCAGGAUGAGGACGAGGUUAGUCCCGACUCCGGCAUCGAGCCGGAAGAGAGCCACCCAAAGUUUCCCAACGACUCCGGCAUCGAGCCGGAAGAAAGCCACCCAAAGUUUCCCAACGACUUCAAGAUGAUGCAGUUCCGCACCAAGCUGCGUAGCAAUAAUUUUAUUACUGAGCUGCGGCACUUCCUGUUCAUGGUCACCACGCGGCCGAAGAUCGUGGCCAAGUACAUUGAGAAGCGCGGAAAACCCCUGGAGCUGGCCGAGGCCUUUGACAGAAUCGACAAGAGCAAUCUUUUCCAUGUGGACUACCUCACCGAAGCGCUGCAGCGCGUUGUUAUGGAAAUACUCACCAACCAAAAGAGCCACAUGGAGUCGGCUGCCCAUGGCUGUCGCUACUUCCUGAAGGCCCACGGCGGAGUUCUCGAGAAUCUGCUGCAGUCGUCGCGUCCAAGCCAUCGCCGCAAUGCCCUCAAACUCCUGACGGCGAUCGUGUGCGUGGAGCCCCAGCUGGGCCGCCAGGUGCUGAACUCCUACGACGUCCUCUCCAACGUGACUGUGAUGCAGCAGAUGCUGUUGCACUCGAGGAACGAUUACAUGAAUGAGGACACGGUGCGCAAGGCGUACAUACACUUCAUUCUGGCCUUCCUGGUCGAUGGAAACACCUUGCUUAUCCGGAACAUCCUGGACCGAGGCCAACUGAUCGGCGUUCUGGCCAAGGGAUUGGUCUACGAUGACCACGUCACCGCCUGCGUGGUGCUGAACGCCUUGAGGCAGUACGUGCUGGAGAACCCAGAUAUUCAGAAGACGAAGAAGGUGCUGGUGUUCGACCUGGAGUGCUGCAAGAGCCUGCGCCGCCUCUACGACUGGGAAGGACCCAACGGCCUGCCAGCGCUGUUUGACAGGAAAAGAACACAUAAACAGCCGCCCAACGAACAGGAGGCUGAGGCCGUUUCGGCUGCAGUUCACGAGCUGCUGCUGAUGCUGCUCACCUCCCGCAAGCACGGAAUCUGCUUCGAUGCCAUGACUCACUACCGUCAAAAGCAGAACAAGCUGCAGGGCAAGGUGCUGGGUUCGCUGUACAAGCCCUACCAGAAUCCCCGCAAAACGGAGCUGGUUCUGCAGACUUUAAAGGCGUGUCCGGACUUGGGCCGCAACACCGUGCGGAAUUGCUCCUGCCUGCUUAGUCCGGCUAAGAAUUCAAUGGAGGAAGUGCCCGAUGCAGCGCUUUUUCUGGCCCAGGUCAUCGAUGCAGUGCCUCCCAGUGCGCUCUCAACAGCCUUCGACAAGAUGACACUCACGGACUUCAGUUUCUGGAUCAAGGAGCUGUGCCUGCCCAUCGAAGCCCUGAUGCACAUCACGGGCAAAAAAUUUUUGAACCACACCGAAUUCCGCCUUAGACUGGCAGUGGAGCGUCUCCUGCUGUCCAUGAUGAGGCAGUACAGCAACUAUGUGCAUGCCAUUGCCCUCCGGGAGCAGUCGAAGAAGGCCGGAAACUCUCUGCGCAAGUUCAAGUUCGAUUUGCUUAACCACUUGCUGGUGCACUUUCCCACCAUGGAGUCCGUUUUGUACUCCCUCUUCCUGGCUAUCAAGCAGCAGAGUCAGGAGGGAGUGGAUGUUCUCGAAUGCCUGUCAGUCACCUUGGACCUGGUGCUGCUCAUGUGCAAGGAAAACCGGGCUUUUGUGAACAAGACCAGUCAGAUCCUGGACUACCUAAAUGUGCUCCGACCCUUGUACCAAACCGAUUUCGAUGAGCUCGACCAGUCGCAGGACAUCGUGAAGAUUCAAUUGGAGUUAAAGUCGAUCAAGACCAUACUUUUGCUGUUUCCGCGCAGCCUGAAUCCAAAGGAGAAACUCUUCGAGCAGGUUUUCCGGUCGUUCAUCAAGGCCUACAUGCUGGAGGAUGUGGCCAUAAAAUCGGAGGCCGGCAACAUGCUGAACCGCCUCUUUCACAACACGGGGCUGUUUGAUUCCUGCAGCCACGAGAUCAACAUCUGGGUGGAGGCUCUCAUUGGAUUUGAUGCCGCAACUGUGACCGAUGUGGUGACCAUCCUGCUGAUGAUUCUCGGCCUGGACUGGAGGGAGAUUGAGCUGCCGGAGCUGAGCGUGGCGGAAACGGCCAUCAACACCAAGAACCUGAGCAAACUGUUUGCCCAAAUCGAGCAGGGACAGACGGUGCAGGCGUAUGUGGAGACCUUGACCCUGAGUAAGAUGAUGCCGCUGCUUCUGAAAGGAGUGGAACUGGAGGCGCCCUACGACGCCUAUGUGGAGCUGGUGUUUCUGCUCCUCUUCCACUACCACAGCAAGCCGGAAUGUGUGCUGCAGCUGUACGACGGCCGCCUGGAGCGGUACAGUGACUACAUGAAAAGCUGGCUGCCCGGACGUGGAAAGGAUAAGCCGAAGAAGCUUCCCGCUGUCCUGGCCGAGAAGUGGCCGCUGCUGAGCCAAAUGCGGACGGUACUCCUCGGGGAGGACUCCCAAUCUUUCGAUCAAGUUUUCAAGGCGGUGAGCCCUGAAAAUAACUUUGAGCUGCAGCUGGGGGAGGGUCAGUCCUUGUUGCUGCACGCGAGCCUCAGUAACCCACGUCGCAAUAUGAUCUAUGUCCAGGAUCUGCUCUUCGUCUUCAGCCACCUCGUUUCCAGUCAGCGACUGAGCAAACUGCAGGCUGAGCUCACCGCCGAUUAUCUGAUCAAAUUUCUGCAAGUCGCCAGCCAAGUGGACGGCGGCAAGGAAGAGACCCAGGAGGAGGAUCAGGAUCAGGAGCAGGAGGAAACGUAUACCCAGAGUCUUCUGCACUACAUCUACAAUAUUCGCCUGGCGGAACUGCAUCCUACCGAGCUGCUUAGUGAGACCAGCGCCACUCGCUUGAACUACGUCAUCUUUCUGCGCCGACUGACGGAGUUCUGUCGCGCCUUGCCGCGGUUCGAGAGCCACACUGCAAACUACCGCCUGCACCUUAUCAAGGCGUUGGAUAUUGCUUUAGACGCCUCGGUGGAUAAGCUGGAGCAGCAGCAGCAGCUCGUGGAGUGCGUGGCUUUGGUGGAUGCCUUCGAAUUGAAGUCCAGCGAAUGCUGCCAGAUGCUAGACCUACUAACAACCAAGCUGCAAGCCAACGACUUUGUGCCGAGCAACAAGCCGAAUCAUUACUUCGAUCUGCUCCUGCGCCUGCUGGGACGACUGACCACGCUGAAGGAGCCCAUCGAUUGCCGGAAGGCCUUUAAGGUCCUGCUGAACUUCUACAAGGGAUUCUGCGAGCUGAGCGAGCAGCAGCUGGAGCCCCUGGAGGCGGCUCUACUUCAGUUCCUGGUCAACUACCAUCACCACCUGGCCGAGUGCGAUGGAGAGUUCUUUGCCUGUUUCUUCACGGCCUCUCGAAAACUCAGCAAAUCCGCCAUCCGCCUGGCGAGCUUGCUCUUGGAACGUCAGCCCUCGUUGGCAGAAAAGUUCGCGGAGCUGCUGCCCAGCAAUUUAGAGCAAAAGGAGCUGGUGUAUCCCCUCCUGGACAUUGCCUUGUCGAAAAACUAUCAACUACCCCAAGCGGUGCUCCAGCGCUGCUACCAAACCUACAAGAAUGGCUUCAUGAAGAGCAUCGAGAAGCCCCAGAAGGCAGCCCUCAUCUACCGGGAGCACGCGGAGGCCAGUGCCCUGCUCAUCGCCCUGUGCAUGCCCAAGUCCGAGUGUGUGGAUUACUGCCAGAAGCAGCUGAAGCUCGACUCGGUAGAGCUCUUCCAGGUGCGAGUCCUGCGGGAGAUCUAUUGGCAGGCCUUUGCAUCCGCCAAGGACGAAAAGCAAAAGGCUAACGUCUUCGUCAAUUACGUAAACCUCAACGUUCAACUAUUAACGCUGGAUUUGAAGAAGCAGGCCUUGGACUUUGCCAAGCUGGAGCAAAUAGCUUGGAACUGCCACGAGUGGUGGGAGACGAACGGUGCGAAGGAGCUUCCUCUGGACUGGAGUCGCUUGCUGGGCAACCAGCAAUGGCUGAAUUUCUGCAAGAGCUGCUUAAAGCUGGCUCUCCAUCUCGGCGAGGAGCGGCAGCCAGCUCAGGAUGAAACCAAUGGGCUCGUGCUCAAGCUAAUGGCCUUCCUCUGCGACGGUAUGUAUGCUGAUUACAAUAUGGAGGAGCCGGCGGAGGAGGAUCCCACGACAGCCCUGCUCUACGAAAUGAUUUGCACCCAUUCCUGCUGCUUUGACCACCUCCUGGGAGCGCCUAGUGCCACCAAGACCCAUCUUCUUCAGCUCAUGGAGACGCUGGCCAGAAAGGCACCCAGUGCCCUCCAAUCGACUCACAUACCCGUGAUCCUGGGAUCCUACCACGCUAAGCUCUCCCCCUCCGAUCGAUACGGAUUGGCGCUGUUGGAACACUACGAGCGCUUUGAAGUGGGCUUGGAUCAGUUCAGACCCUUCAUCUGGGGCGAGAGCGCCGUGGCGCACUAUGCCUUGAGGGCAGCCGAUGACGAUGAGCGGGCACGCUUGCAGCAGCAGGAGACCAAUGUGGCCCAGGUGCUGGCGUUGAUUGUCCGCGAGACCAGCGAGUACACCAUGGAAAACUUUCCCAUUUGGAGGAGCCUGCACGCCAGCCAGCAGCUGCCUGCGGUCCAGUUCCAGAAUCCUGCAAAGAAGUCCCUAUAUUUUGGCGACAAUCAGCUGGAAAAGAUGGUCGAACAAGGCUGUGCAGACUUCCCCCAGGAUCUGCGUCGCAUCUGCCCGAAGCGCGAGAAGAUCUACGAGGCCUGCUACGAUCCCGCCUUCCUACUGCCCCUAAUGAUGCACUGCUUCGCACCGGAGUCCGUGGUCUGGGCACGCUGGCCGGUGCAGAAUGGACUGCUGGCGGUUAGCUUCUGUGGGCUAUCCUCGCUGGACAAGGAUAUGCGCCUGGCAGCGGCCAGUUGUCAGCAACGCUAUCGCACCCACUUUGAGCUCUCCAAGUUUUAUGAGAAGCCGCUGUGGACGCAGGCCUACGACAACAUCCAGGCGGGACUGAGUGAGCUGAGAAAUACAUGGCUCGCCCAGAGGAGGACGCAUGGUGGAACUCCAAGGGUUCCGCUGAUCCCGGCCCUGUUUAUCGCGCACAGCUUCAACCUGAGCACAGACCCAACGCAUCUACUGUACAAACGCCUGAUGAUGUAUCUCCGGCUGAAGCAGAGCUUCAACUUCCAGACCAUACCCGACUUCAAUGUGUUCUUCUACUCGCAGGAGCCAGAGCACCAGCAGUACCGCGAGUUCAUCAUCGAGUUGCUGCGGUGCGGCAUCAAGUGCAGCGCCGAUCUCUUCCUACUGGUUUCCACCAAUACGUUCAAGGUGCUGCUUGGAUUCUACGGCUCCAGUUUGGCCACACUUGAAACGAAUCUGUUGCUGCUCUCGGUGCUCUCCACGUGCGUAAAGAUUCCCGGCGCUGUCAAGAUUAUGUUGGAGCACGUGGGCAUACUGUCCUGGCUGGUCGGCGUCAUCCGCGACACGGAGUUCCAUCAAUUUGACAUCAUCGAGGGCGUCAUUAGCAUCAUCAACAAUCUGUGGUAUUCCCUGGCCGCCGCGCGGUCUGAACUGCCGGACUACGACCAUGUCCAGUUGCGUCUGUAUCGCCUGGUGCUGCAGCUCCUGCCCCUGCUCUCGCCUCGUAUUUCGGUGCCCGGUCUGGGACGCCUGCUGAACGUGCUGUGGAAGAGUGGCUCGGCCAGUGGUCAACAUCGCGCCUUGUCCGCUGCCCAACUGGAUGUUCUGAUCGAGUGCUUGGCCCGACAGUGGCCGGAUCAGAUGGCGGGAGUGCGUUACGUGAAAAGCUACGGCGGCUCGGGUGCCUGUUCCCGGUCGGAAUACUGCAACUGGCUGGCCAGCGAUCAGAAACUCGAUGUUCACGGCGUCCUCGCACUAUCCAGCUUGCGGGAGUUUGUUAGCGAUUGGUGGCAGGCUCACCACGAGGAGGAGAGUAAGGAGCAACUGCUGGUGGAGUCGAAGGAGUAAGAAAGCCUUUUUUAAUAGUUCUGGCACUAGGUUAAGCUAUUGAAUUGUGUUUAUUGUGUAGGCAUACAAAGUCUUUGAUUUAUUAAACUAUAUGCAA